GAUAAUAAGUCCGCGACGAAGAAGUCUGUGUACUGUGGGUCUUCUGCCUCAGCACCAGGUGGAUUUCCGCUCCUUAAACUCGCUGCUUAACCAAAUAUCAUUCUUCUUUAUGGUCGAGAGAAGUAUAUAUAUGGAGCGUCGUUCAAGGUAGCGAGGGAGAUAUCUCAAACUUGUUCAUACAUCUUCAAGUCCAUCCGAACUCACACCCCAGCAAUGGUUCUUCCACUUCUUACUAUCAUCGGAGCAACUGGUAACCAAGGCAGCUCCGUCCUUGCAUCUGCUUUGGAAUCCAAGCAAUACCGCGUCAGAGCAAUUACUCGAAAUCCAACAAGUGCUUCAGCUGUGAAGCUUUUGUCCCAAGGAAUUGAGGUUGUUUCUGCUGAUUUGGAUGAUGAAGCCUCGCUCAUCAAAGCUUUCGAGGACUCGACUGCCAUUUUCGCUAUGACCAACUUCUUCGGCUACUGGCCGCAGACUUCAGCUGAUGAAGCAAUGUCUAUCGAACGUCAACAAGGUAUCAACUUGGCCAAUGCAGCGAUGAAGACCCCGACAUUGCAACAUUACAUCUGGAGUACCUUACCAAACUUCGGCAAAAUAACUGGCGGAAAACUGAAAGUGCCACACGCCUUUGCCAAGAAUCAGGUUGACGACUAUAUCAAGUCUCAUGGAAAAUUGUUGGAGAAGACGACAUUUCUGUGGUGUGCGUUCUAUGCUCAGAAUUUCGCGUACCCAAUAUUUUCUCCUACUUUUCUGAAAACAGCUGGAAAGUACGUCUUGCUUGCCCCUGUCCCGGCCAACACCCUAGUCGAGACCAUCGGAGACGUAAGCAAGAAUCUGGGGAAAUUCUCGUCGGCAAUCUUGGCGCAGCCUGAGAAAACGCGAAGCAAGAUCGUUCUUGGAUCCAUCGAAACAACAACGAUGGGCGGCCUGCUCCAAUCUUGGAGCGAGGCAACCGGCAAGGAAAGUUUGUAUGUUGAGCUUGCAAAUAUUGCUGAAUAUGACAAAUUGUUCCCACUGUGGGGCGAUGCUGAAGGUCUUGUGUUUAAAUUUUGGGAAGAGCAAAAAGAUAAGAGUUGGAUUGAUCUAGAUGGUAUGGAGAUUAUCACGAAGGAAAACUUGAAGCUAGAGAAAAGUGACUUUGUGGGAGUGAAGGAGGCGGUUGAAGGGAUGGACUGGAGCGGGCUGUAAUGCUGUGCUGUAGCUAACACUGCCAUGAAUGGAAUUACCCUCAGAUAGCAGAAAAGAACG